CUGUGGAGAGCGCCUCUCCCUGUCUGGUUGGAGCAGAUCUUGAUUUUCUUUCUUCUUUUUUUUUUCUUUAACACGGGUUGAUAUAUUGAUAAAACUUUGCGGGUUCAUCACAAGAUUUAUUUUUUUAUUUCCACCUGUAGCUGGACUGAUCAUCGCUGCCAGCAGAAUAAGAAGCUGUGAAGAUCUUUAUCUCUGCAAGUCUCUCUUUGUUUUUGUUUUUUUUUUGUUUUGUUUUUUUUGGUAAACUCCGAUUGAAGUUUACAACAACAACAACAACAACAAAAACUAAACAAAAAGGGAAAGCUACCGGGAAAGAUCGACACUUGGUUUGGUCCCAGGGUUUGCUCAGUGUUUAUCAUGCUUGUCUAGCUGUGUGCGUAAACCGCUGUGGAGGAGGAUGCUCACAUUAUGAGACGCCAUGGCAUGGUGUGAUCGAGGGGUUCAGACUUUGUUCGCUGUCGUGGGAGCCUUCGCCGCUUUCAGCCUUAUGACUAUAGCCAUUGGCACUGACUACUGGCUGUACUCUCGGGCGUACAUAUGCAACGCCACCAAUGUCACCACAGAUGACAGCCAGAUGCAAACCAAGAAAGUGAAGGGGGACCUAACGCACUCUGGACUGUGGAGAAUCUGCUGUAUCGAAGGUAUCAACAGGGGAAGCUGCUAUUGGAUCAAUCACUUUCCAGAGGAUAACGACUACGAUACAGACAGCUCAGAGUACAUCUUACGUAUAGUGCGUGCAUCCAGCCUGUUUCCAAUUCUCAGCACCAUACUGCUGAUGUUGGGUGGAUUAUGUGUCGGGAUCGGACGUUUAUACAGCAAAAAGAACAACAUCCUGCUCACUGCUGGCAUCUUAUUUGUGGCUGCAGGGCUGAGCAACAUCAUUGGCAUCAUUGUCUACAUCUCCAGCAAUGCUGGGGAUCCCAGUGACAAGAAAGACGAGGACAAGAAGAACCAGUACAACUAUGGCUGGUCCUUUUACUUUGGUGCCCUCUCCUUCAUCGUGGCUGAGUCUGUGGGCGUUCUGGCAGUCAACAUAUACAUCGAAAAAAACAAGGAGACACGUUUCCGUGGCAAACGAGACUUCAUCAAAACCACCUCAUCCUCUUCACCAUAUUCCCGCAUACCAAGUUACCGUUACAGGCGGAGGCGUUCUCGUUCCAGUUCAAGAUCAACAGACCCGUCCCGCGAACCUUCCCCUGUCAGAGUGAAGAUCGGAGGGGGACCUGGAGGGGGAGGGCUGGGAAUGGGUCUACCGAUGGGGGACAUAUCCAUGUACACGCUCAGCAGAGACCCUUUAAAGGCUGGUAGUGGGCCUGCAGGGCCAUAUAGUCCUGAUAGGAACACUGGGUUUUUACAAGUGCACAACUGUUUCCAGAAAGAUGUGAAAAACGGGGCGAACCGGAGGACGACUCCAGUAUGAGGUCCGAUAUGUGUUGCUGUGGAGCUUUAUGGAGCAUGUGAAAUGCUAUUCAGAUGUCAAGAAACAACAGUUUGCCAUUUGAUUGUUCGGGCUGUGGCACUAUUGCCAGGUUCUAGAUGAUUUUCUUUUACAUCUCCAAGAAUGCUUUGAAGUUUAUAGAACAAAAUUUUGUCUGUGAAAUGAUCUAAUAUCAUAUUCAAAUAGUUGUUAUGGAUAGAUGUAGCAUUGUUUCCCAGAAGUGAUUUAAGAAUCAUAUAAGUUAUGUUAGAAGAAAUUUUUCUUCUUUUUUGCUUUUACAUUAAGCUUGGCGAACGUUGUGGUUUUGCAGAUAUUAUUUGAAGGUCAUUAAAUCAUGGGCAGAGGGGAGACCUUUUCAGACCUAAUUAUCAUUUUGUUCUAUUUCAAAGGAUUGAAAUAUAUAUAUUUUUCUGUUUUCUUGUGAAUAACUGUUUUGAAAAUUAACCUUUUUCACUGUUAGAUGUAAUAUUUAUUGUCUCCAAUGCUUCAUUUGUUCAUAUAAAGUGAUCACUGUUUGUUAUCAGAGACAUAUUAUACUAAAGUUGUUAAUAACUUAUCACAUAAGGUGCUGACUUAUUCCUUUAGAUCUACAAUUUAAAUGCUUUCAUUGUAUAUCAUUGAUCUUAAUCAAGCUUGAGCAUAAGUCAUGUGGUCAAUGUGUGAGUUGUAUGUGAGUGGGAGUAUGUGCUGGAACGUUUUGUAUCUCAAACACAGUAUAACUUAACAAAACUGAGUUUUUGUAAAUAAUUGUAAGAGCAAAAUACUCCCACUAAUUAGAUGUACAUUCCAAUACACUGUGCAGAUUAUCAGUGUAAAUGUUACUUGCAAAGACUGCCUUGUAAAGUGCUCUCAAUGUGCUCAGGGAUGAUGAAUGGAACGAAUGAGUUCCUUUCUUAAGCCAGACAGACUGUUACAAUUGAUGCGUCUAUAAAGAAAAACUUAAGGUCAUGCCUUUAGUGUUUACAGAUGGAAAGAUAUUUUUACUUUUUUAACAGGGUUGUGAAGAGCAAAUUCAAGAAAUCUGUGUUUUGUAGUAGAGUUUGGAGACUAAAAAUGGGAUUAUCAUGGUGGAGUUAAGGUAAUUGCUAUUAAGAGUAGCAUCCUUUAGUUCAAGAGCCGAAAGAGAACAAAGUACAAGAGAACAUCUAACAAAAAAAAAAUUUUAGCUGUAAAGAAAGUUUCACAACAAAAAAAACAUUCUUCGUGGGGCUUCGUACACUAUAGCUGCUUUAAUUAUUAGAUUUGCUACACAUUGCUAUUUUUCCACCCAGUACAUACUGCUAAAAAACAUAAAAGCUGGGGAGAAAAAAAAGCUAUUUUCUAGGCAAAUAAAAGGAUUUUUUUUAUGGAUUUGAUCGUUCUAAAGGUGCAGAGGGAGAUGCCCAGAGUUAAGUUAGACCGAUCGGUAUCAUUAUCAGCUGAUGUUAGCUGAUUUUAGCGCAUUAAGCAAAAAAUCCUUCAGGUCACAUAAAGGACAUGCAUUGCUGAUCCCUCCAUUUUUCAUACGUUCUUUUAAUUUGUUAAUAGAUGUUCCUUUUAUUCGUCAUUGUAUCAUUUUUAUCAUGGAAAUGGAGGUGGGGGGCAUAAAUAUCUGCAGCUUGUAUUGGGGGUCAGUUAGACUAAUGUCAAAAUAAUCAACAUCUGCCUUAGGGUGUGCAUAGCUUUAUCUGCAAGGACUCUAAUGAAAAUCUGGUCGCUCUUCAGUGAUUUAUUUGGAAAAUAUAGAUGUUGUGCGCCCUUCAUUUUCCUGUUGGUUUAUUACAAUCAGUAUAUAUUGAGCAUAAAAUGCUUUGCCGCUUAUCAGUUUACAGCCACCCCCCUCAGUGCACAUUGGCCCCUGCCCGGCCAAACACAUAAAAAAAAAAUCUGAUUUACGGGUGAUAAUAAUUAAGGGCUGAUUGUUAGAUGGGUAUUUAGCUUUUUUUUUACUAUUUUGUAGAAGGUUAGCUGAUGUUUUUUAUGCAUUUUUAAACCAGUGCUAUUUUGUUGAGAAUUGGAUUAUCGCAUAAGACUUAAAUCAGUGGAUCAAAUAU